UCGUAUGGAAUUAGUUGUAGGAAACAAUUCGUCGAAAGUAUUUUCUUUUAUGAAACGUUGCUCUAAAACAAGCAAUCAAAGAAAAAUCAGCUAUUGCGUUGCAGUUUUGAUGGGAAAAAUUUACAUUCGUGGAGGUUAUUCAUCUUUGUUUACCUGCGCUGCAAUUUCAAAGUGACUCAUUAUUUGUGUUCACAAUACGCGAUUCGAAAUGAGAACUAUCAGAAAUAAAUUGAAAAAAACUGUAUUGUUGCAUCUCCUGAUCUAGUGUAUAACUUAUCUGAUGCUACCUAAAUGAGAAAAUAAGAUAAACAUUUUUAAGCCAUCUGUUUCAUUAUUCUUCUUACCCUAAAAACAUUGGUAGUUUGACGUGUGAAAGAUUUUUACAUGAUUACCUAAUAUAACUUCAGACCUUAAGAGUUCAAUGAAUGUUUUGAACAUUCCAAAAGGAGAAAUGUGCAUUAUAAUGAUGUAAAUUUAUCAUAUUUAAUCUGUCAUUUAUAUAAAGUUAGAGUUUCAAAGCCGCAUAAUUAGCAUGAAAUGUGGUAUUUUUGUGCGCCAUUCCACAGUAUCCAUAUAUAUGCGUGUGUUGCUGCAAAAUCUGCUUUCAUGAAAUCUUUGCCCAAAUUUUAUCACAAUCUUUAACAAUAUGAUAAAAACUCAUAUUACUUUGACCAUAACAGUGAGUAAUUAUGUAAGAUACAUGACUGUCCAUAAAAGAGCAAGAAAGCCUAUACUGUAGAAGAGGAAGUGAUGCUAGUAAAAUUUUUCCCUUUCCUGCACAGACAAAAACUGAUGCAUUGUUCCAAAUCAAAAUAUACAGUUUUGAAAGUGGAUUGUUUUUCCCUUGUGUGUAAACGUGUUACAGAGCUUUAUGGGCAUUAACAGGAGAAGUGUAUCAUCAGUGUUUUCAUUAAAAUAUACAUAAUUACAAAUCAUCAGGAGUAAAACAUAUUUGGAAACCUUUUUUCUGCGAUAUGAUAAAAAAAAAACUUCAUGUGCAUCAUGUGUACUUUUCUUGCAUUCAUCUGUGAAUUUGAAAUGAAUUGAUCAUAUUUCCAUGCUGACAAAAUUCCGAACAACGAAUGCAUGGUAACUGCAACAUAUUAAAAAAAAAAUGUAUAUUUACAUAGAAAAUUUAUUUCUACUAUAGCUAAAUUUAUGUAAAUAUGCAUCGACAGAGGUGAGGAAAAGUAUUAUUAUAGUAUAUAUAAAAUAAGUCAUUUCCAGAUGUGAUUUAAGUAAAAAUAUAUGUGUAUAUACUACACAGUUAUAUUUGAAGAGUUCUGGAGAGAGAAAAACAUGCAAAAAAAACAGUCACAUGUACUUCCUGAUACUGAUGAACUCCAUGUAAACACACCUAUUCACACUGGUGAGAAAUUUUAUGCAUGUGAAAUAUGCAGUGAAUUGUUUGCAGAGGAAUGUCUUUUAAAAAAACACAGGCUGAUUCAUACUGGUGAGAAACCAUUCGACUGUGAUAUUUGUGGCAUCUCAUUUUCAUCCAAAAGUCAUAUAAAGCAACACACUUUUAUCCAUACAAGUGAGAAACCACACAAAUGUGAUAUUUGUGGCUUAUCAUUUUCAUCUAAAUGUCAUUUAAAGCAACACACUUUUAUUCACACUGGUGAGAAACCACACAAAUGUGAUAUUUGUGGCAUAUCAUUUUCAUUCGUAAGUCAUUUGAAGAAGCACACACUUAUUCACACAGGUGAAAAACCAUAUGAAUGUGAUAUAUGCAGGAAAUCGUUUACAGUAAGAAGUACCUUAAACAGUCAUAGGCGUAUUCAUACAGGUGAGAAUCCAUAUCAAUGUGACAUUUGCAACAAAUCAUUUCGAACCAAAAGUUAUUUUAAAAAUCAUCUGCUUUCACAUACUGGUGAAAGGCCACAUGCAUGUGAAAUUUGCAACAAGUCAUUUGUACGGAAAAGUAGCUUAUAUCUGCACAGAUUUACUCAUACUGGGGAGAAACCAUAUGCAUGUGAUAUUUGUAAAAAAUCUCUUUCAUCUAAAAGUAGUUUAAAUAUGCAUAAACUUGUUCAUACUGGUAAAGAAGCACAUGUAUGUGACACAUGUGGCAAAUCGUUUUCAUCCAAAGGCAACUUAACUACCCAUGCACUUGUUCAUACUGGUAAGAAAACACAUGUAUGCAGUAUAUGUGGCAAAUCAUUUUUAUCCAAAGGUAAUUUAACUUCACAUAAGCUUGUUCAUGCCAGUAACACACAUGUAUGUGAUAUAUGUGGAAUAUCAUAUUCACAGAAAUUUCACUUAGAGAGGCAUAUCCUAACUCACAUUAGUGAGGAACCAUAUUAUUCAUGUGAUAUUUGUAAUAAAUCAUUUGCACGGCAGACUUAUUUAAGUAGACAUAGACGUGUUCACUUUGGUCACAAAAAACAUAUAUGUGAUAUAUGUGGCAAAACAUUUUCUUCCAAAAGUAAUUUAACUACACAUAGACUUCUCCAUAUUGGUAAGAAAACACAUGUGUGUGAUAUAUGUAGUAAAUCAUUUUCACAGAAAAUUCACUUAGACAGACAUAGACUAACUCACACUGAGAAACCAUAUGCAUGCGAUUUAGAUGCAAAACUUAUUUAAGUAGACAGAUAUGGUCAGUCUUGUGAGAAAAAACAUUUAUCUGAAAUGUGUAGUAAAUCUCAUGUGUGGAAAUGAGAAAGUCUUCUGUUUGCUGUCAUUGGCAAACUUGCACUGAAAAUAUACUAGAAUCUUUUAUUUGAAGCUAAUCAUGUGCAUGAAAAUGUUAUUUGGUUCUUUCUAAUUAUCUGCAUUUCCAUGGAAAGUAUUCAUAAGGCAAAGCACUAUGUUGCCAAAAUAAUUAUGUGGCAACCCAUUAUGAGAUCUAAAUCAUUUCUGUAUGUAUGAGGUAAUUGUGAUAUGUGUGUUUCAGUACACACAGAUUUCUAACUUCUAAAUUCAAUGCUAGUUUUUCUUGUUGGUAUUUGUUUUUGCAUUCAGUAUGUUUGUUUCCAUGUAAUAAAUUAAAAUAGAAAUAUGCAGUUUGCUAGAAGAUGAAAAAGAAAACAUUGCAUUUCUUCAAAAGCAAUGCCAAAUUUGUGCAAUUCUGUGCUGCUUUUUAAGCAAAGAACAAUGGAAGAACAGCAGCAUGUUCAGUGCCAAGUUAGUAAGUGAUGCCAAAUUAUUUUAUGUAUCUACGUAUAUGUAUUUUUUAAGCAGAAACACGAGUUUCUAUGUUAUGCAGCAAGAAAAUAGUGUGCGCGAUGGCAAAUAUGUACAGUUCUGAGAUGUGUUUUUAAGCAAAAAUAAAUUGGUAUAUACAUGGGGAAAAAUGACAGUACAAAAAAAUUACAUGAGGAUUUCUUGAAAAAGAUUAGUGUCUUAUUAUGGAUUUUUCAUGCUUUUUUAAUUUUAUUGAUUCAUUGCUCUCUUAAUUCUAAGUGUGCCAGCAUUUUUUAAACAGCUGUUGCCUUCUGCAUUUUAGCUUAGUGACGAAUGAGUUGAGGACUUCUCAAGGAGGGCAGAUAAUCAGAGAGUACUUGUUAUUUAUACAAACAUAUAGGUAUUUAAACAAAUUUAAAUUUAAUUUUUAAUAAAUACGUAUAAAAGUAAAAAAGCAAAUUUAAAUCCUAAAAAAAGGAAAAAAGCCAAAAUAAU